UCCCUGGAAUAGUGUUGUGACUGUGACAGCUGACAGGAUGGUGACGGUUGUGGGAUGUUCCUCGCUAACGAAGUGCCUGUGAGCUGGAACUAAGCAUCCUGAACACAUAACAACCCUGAACUGUGUACCUUGCCAUCACUCAGACACAAGGCGGAGUGGGAUGGACCAACAGUGAGGCAGCAGCAUCAAGGAAGCAACUGGCAUUGCCUGGUGGGAGGGAACCAGUCAUCUGUGCCCUGACUGUGUUGCUGCCAGGAAGGAUGGUGGAGGUGUGUGCACAGGUGCUGGGUGGACCGGUGCACCUUGCAGGAGACACUGUACAGGUCUGCAUCACUGUCACCUCACCUUCACUAGAUCCUGCUCUUCGUGCCCAAUCCAGUGAUGUGUGCGAUGUGGUGGCGUGGGGCAGUGCUCAGAUCCACUGCCAAUGUUCAGUAAAUGAGGCACGAGUGAAACUCCCACCCACUAGUCCACGCCAAGCUGAAGAACAAGCAGUAACCAAUGCAGACACGUCUUUCGCACCGUGCCGUGGGGAGCGUGGCCGGGUGGUGCUGUCCACCAAGCCCAAGAUACUCUUCUGUGACCUGCAGCUUUUGCCAGGAGAAAGUAGAUCAUUUGUAUACAAGGAAACACUCCCCUGUGAUGCCCCACCCACCUACCGUGGACAGCUGCUCAAGUAUGCCUACAAGAUUACCAUUGGCACACAGCGUCUGGGUGCCCCAACCAAGCUGCUGCGUAUCCCCAUUAUGGUCAUUGUACUUCAAGGGUUGAGUGAGGCUUGUGUAUACAGUGAGAGUGGUGAACUGGCACCCUCCAACCCCUUCUUGCACACCCCACAACGCGACACUCCAAGACACACUGCCCUACAGAUCAUUCAGAAUGUGUCAACCCGCAAGAACCUGAGUCAGUACAAUAUCACCAAUACAAGGGGGAAGGUUGUCAGGUUUUGUAUAUACAAGACCAGCUUCAGACUGGGCGAGGACAUUGUGGCCACCUUUGACUUCAGUGAGGCAGAAAUCUCCUGUGUACAGUAUUCUGUGACCCUGCAAAGUGAAGAAGUCAUUGCAGAAAACUGUCGGCAACGAGCAUCACAAAAGUCCAUGUUGGUGUCAUACAGCAAGGCUCAUGAGGUGUGUCUCAACCUGUCCCACACACACCUGCUGCUUCCCAUUCCACUGCACAUCACUCCCACUUUCACAACAGAUCUGGUGAGUCUUCAGUGGCACCUACACUUUGAAUUUGUGACCAGUGUGACCGAAGUCAAGGGACCAUCACCAUUGGCCAGCAGCAAGGAUCAGUUGGAGUGGCGUGCUCCAACCUCUCUGGACAUUGAAACUAUGGUGUGGGAUUUGCCCAUCACCAUCCUCCCUACCACCCCCAGCCAGGUAGCUCAGGCCAUCUGUAUGCCAGCCCAGCACACACUGCCACUCUGAGCUCCAUGGCCUGUAGUCAAGGAUUCAUUGUGUAGCCAUGCUGGAAAUAUGAAGCAUUUUCUCUCUCUCUCUCUCUCUCUCUCUCUCUCUCUCUCUCUCUCUCUCUCUCUCUCUCUCUCUCUCUCUCUCUCUCUCUCUCUCUCUCUCUCUCUCUCUCUCUCUCUCUCUCUCUCUCUCUCUCUCUCUCUCUCUCUCUCUCUCUCUCUCUCUCUCUCUCUCUCUCUCUCUCUCUCUCUCUCUCUCUCUCUCUCUCUCUCUCUCUCUCUCUCUCUCUACUGACCAAGAUUUAUGGGUAAACUGAACCUUGAACUAACACUUGUCAGUGUAAAUUUACAGUUUUGGAAUAAUUUAUCAGAAAUUGUGAAGAUGUGUACUACAUCAGCCAAGCAACUGAUACUUCCCAGCAAAGAUAAUUUAGUGCAGGGUACUGUCUGAAGACUGCUGGUUAGCUGCAAAUGGUGAAACAUCAGAGUUUGACAAAAGCAUUCCAUUGUCACUUAGUCACUAUUAUACUUUUCAGCCUAGAAUUUUGAAUUUUCCUGCAGUCUUCCAGUUGAGAGAAUUAUGGAGCCAAAAACUAUGUAAUGCAUCUAAUUGCAUUCAUUGUAGGAAAACUCAUUUCAAUAUAGUAUUUGGUAUGGCAGGAAUCAUGUUAGUAAUUUAAAAAAAAAUAGUAUUCUUCAAACAAUGUUUCUAGUAUUUGAAAGUUACAUUGUUCAAACUCAUUGGCAUCAUGUCUGACAAUACUGGUUGAAUCAAGUGAAGUGUUGGGAGGAGUGAAGAAAAUUGGUCUUGUCAGUUUGGUGGAGGGAAGGGCAGGGAGCAAGUAAAUCUGUCUCAUCAUUGACAUACAAAGACAGAAUUUCUAUUUUUAUCUUAACUGAAAUUUUGGCUACAGUUGGUCCUUGGAAUGUAAGCUAAUUCCCUUAAAUGAAAGAAGUAAGCUGUUUAAAUUAACUACCAUAAGUUUUCAAUUAAAGAAAUAUGAAAAAUUCUUGCAACAGUAAAAUAAUUAAAAAUUUUAUUAUUUCAAAUUAUUUAAUGAACAGAUCUAAAGUAAUAUUCAGCACAUUUCUGGGAUAUUUGGCUCACAUUUGCCAUAGAUUGUUUCUAGAUCAGGGAUGACAAACCUUUCUGAGAGGCUGUGCCAGUAUUGGCAAUAGUAGUCCAAUGUGUUGGUGUUAACUCAGAAGAGUAAUAUUUCUCCCAUUGCACCAUCCUUUGUACCCAGAAAGAUUAAGUAUGAAUGCAAAAAAAUUAUUUGAAGACCCAAGUGAUGCUAAGCAGUCUUGAUGCAUCCAUUUCUUUGUUAUGAUUGAGACAGAAAAAUAUGCCAACAUUUUUCCCUCAUGUCUCACUUGGCACACUUCAUAAGUAAGUCAUCUCUGGUCUAAAUUUUAGACAAAGUAUUUUAUUAUGACAGUAUUUCUUUGAAAAAUAAAUAUAUUGUUAUA